CUCAAAGCGUCCGCUCUCGCUCAUAUGAGCGCUACACACAUCUUUCUCCAUUGAUUAAAGAACAAAUAUUUCAUACUUAAUGGCAGAUCUAUACAGUAAUUCCGUUCAGUUCAAAACUGAUUCACAGAAACCACUAUAAAACUGGUGUUUGCCUGUAUACUAUGUUCAAGAAGAUGGCUGAAUUUGGUCCAGAUUCGGGGGGACGGGUAAAGGGAGUGACUAUCGUGAAACCUAUUGUGUUUGGAAACGUCGCACGUUAUUUUGGCAAAAAGAGAGAAGACGACGGACACACUCAUCAAUGGACAGUUUAUGUGAAACCUUACAGAAAUGAGGACAUGUCUGCUUAUGUCAAGAAAAUACAGUUCAAACUGCAUGAAAGUUAUGGAAAUCCUUUAAGAGUGGUUACAAAGCCUCCGUAUGAGAUUACAGAGACGGGAUGGGGAGAGUUUGAGAUCAUCAUUAAGAUCUUCUUCAUCGAUCCAAACGAGAGACCAGUCACUCUGUAUCAUCUGCUGAAGCUCUUUCAGUCAGACUCCAGCGCCAUGCCCAAGAAGACGGUCGUGUCCGAGUUCUACGAUGAGAUGAUAUUUCAGGACCCGACAGCCAUGAUGCAGCAGCUCCUGAACACCACCAGACAGCUGACGCUUGGCGCUUAUAAACAUGAGACCGAGUUUGCAGAGCUGGAGAUACGAACUCGAGAAAAGCUGGAAUCAGCAAAGAAAAAGACGAGUCUGGAGAUCACGGAGCUGAAGGAGAGACUGAAGGCGUCCAGAGAAAACAUCAACUUUCUGAAGGGAGAGAUCCGCAGACUGGAGGAGGACGACCAGAUGAAGGAGCACUGAGGACAGCAUCAGCUUCAGCCUUUAAAGGACUGAUUUAUUUACUUUAUUUUGCAUUUGAUACAUAUACAUUACUGUUGUUGUUACAUUACUGGUGUUCAGUUUUCUUGUCCAGCUCAAUACAGCAACAUGUGUGACUGCUUUUUGAAUUUUUGUAGCUCUAGCUGAGUGUUUUUGUAUGAAUAAAACUUGUUUGGUUGGAA